CCGGCUGCACGCCGCUCACUUGGACCUGGUUCUUGCAAGUUCUUUCCCUGAGAGUGUCACUCGACGGCCAAGGGAGGAAAGCUAUCGCUAUGGGGAUCAACUGGAUCCUUCUCAUCUCGCGCCAAGGCAAGGUACGGCUCGCCAAAUGGUUCACCACGCUCAACCCCAAGACCAAAUCCAAGAUUGUCAAGGAUGUCACACAGCUCGUCCUGGCACGGCGAACGCGCAUGUGCAACUUCCUGGAAUACAAAGAUAGCAAGGUCGUCUAUCGGCGAUACGCAUCGCUCUUCUUCGUCACUGGCAUUUCGCCCGGGGACAACGAGCUUGCUACGCUCGAGAUCAUUCACAGAUAUGUUGAGAUUUUGGAUCGAUACUUUGGAAAUGUCUGCGAGCUCGAUCUCAUCUUCAACUUUCAGAAAGCAUAUGCGAUUCUUGACGAGCUCAUCAUCUCGGGUGAGAUGCAAGAAUCAUCCAAGAAAUCGGUGCUGCGUGUAGUGUCUCAGAGUGACGGAGUAGAGGAUGCAGAGAAUUCAGAGGACUCACUCGCACGGAUAGGCAGCCGCUCAGGCUAGGAUCCAUCGCGAUUCAUGAGAACGCAUGCUCCAAUGGCCCUUUGACAACCCUUGCCAGCGGGCAUUACCAGGUACCAUCCUUGAUACCAUUUUGUAAAAUAUAACAUCGUGCUCGCAUUCCAGCAUCCAAUUCAACUUUUAGAUAAGCCACGGA